AUGGAGGCCAUCGACCCAACCACCGGCCAGCCCCUCCCCAACGACGCCAUCCAGCGCAUCCUCUUCGUCGCAAACUCCGUCCACGUCUACAACAUCCCGCCCCUGACCUCGAUGCGUGGCCACGCCGCCGCCUCUUGGACCGAAGACCCCGCCCGUCACAUCUUCACCGCGCGCCUCCGCGUCGUCGAAACGUCCUUUGAAAGCCCCGACGCCGCAUCUAGCCUCAAGAUCGAUCUUGUCCUCGAGGAUCCCUCCACUGGCCAGCUCUUUGCCGCCUCGCCCUACAACGAUCGUAGCGCCGUCGAGCCCGUCGUCGACAGCAGCCGCUUCUUCGCUGUCACUGUCAAGGACCCCCAGGGGCGCAAGGCCGUGCUGGGCAUUGGCUUUGAAGAGAGAUCCGACGCUUUCGAUCUGGCCGUGUCGCUGCAGGAGGCGAGACGGAGCCUUGGGUGGGAGGCCGAGCAGAGCCACAACCCAGCCGAGGCAAAGACCAAGACGGAGACCAAAGACUACAGCUUGAAGGAAGGCGAGACCAUCACAGUAAACCUCGGCGGCACCAAGUUCGGCCGGCGGCGACCGCAGCACGCAGACGAAUCCCCAUCAACAUCGUCGGGCUCUGCUGAUCUGCAGUCAUUCGCGCUCCCGCCUCCCCCGGCUGGUGCAGCUUCAUUUUCUCUCCCUCCGCCGCCCAAAACCUCCGACGUCAAAGAAAAGAGGAAGUCGCUCAAGAAUCUGGGAUUUGACGACGGCCAGUUUGGAGAAUUUGCGUAG